GGGUAAUAAACGUUUUUGGCUGCAUCGCAUGAUUAGAUCUGCACAUAUGAGACAUAUUGCAGUGUCGUUUGGACAUACAUGCUCACAGACAAGUGAAAAUAGUCUCAUUUGGAAGAAAACAACCUAAAGAACAAGCUGAUAUAGCGUUUGAGGCUAGUAGCUACGAGAGGAAGUAGUGAUCGGAGCAGGAAUAUGAUUCAUGUAUUGGCUUGUUCAGAGGAGUCAUUUUUAUCUUCAUGAUUCUUUACUAAAACGUAUCGGAAAUAAACUACGCAGAGAUGUUCUGGAGAGUGAGAGCUUUCAUUUGAUAUACGACUUGUCUAUGUUUGUGAAAUGGCAGAAGCCAGUAUUUCAGUGGAUCAGGAUCAGUUCAGAUGUCCAGUGUGUCUGGAUCUCCUGAAGGAUCCAGUGACGAUUUCCUGUGGACACAGUUACUGUAUGAGCUGCAUCACUGACUUCUGGAAUCAGGAAGAUCAGAAGGGAAUCUACAGAUGUCCAUUAUGCAAACAGACCUUCACACCAAGACCGGUUUUAGGUAAGAAUGUGGUGAUUGCUGAGAUGGUGGAGAAACUGAAGAAGACGAGACUCCAAUCUGCUGCUCCUGAAGUUCCUCACACUGAAUCUGGAGAUGUUCAGUGUGACUCCUGCACUGGAAGAAAUCAGAAAGCAGUGAAAUCGUGUCUGGAGUGUCGAAGCUCUUACUGUCAAAAUCACCUUGAACAGCAUGAGAAUCUCUUCAGAAGUAAAAGACACAAUCUGAUGGACGCCACUGGACGACUGCAGGACAUGAUCUGUCCUCGACAUGAUAAAAUGCGGGAAAUUUACUGUCGUACUGACCAGCGGUGUAUCUGUAUGCUGUGUUUGAUGGAUGAACACAAAGAUCAUGACACUGUAUCAACUGCAGCAGCGAGGACAGAGAAACAGAGAAACAUCCAGCAGAGAAUCCAGCAGAGAGAGAAAGAUCUUCAGCAGCUGAGAGAGGCUGUGGCGUCUCAUAAGCGCUCUGCACAGACCGCAGUGGAGGACAGUGAGAGGAUCUUCACUGAGCUCAUCCGCUCCAUUGAGAGACGUCGCUCUGAGGUGAUUCAGCUGAUCAGAGAUCAGGAACGAGCUGCAGUGAGUCGAGCUGAAGAACGACUGAAGCGACUGGAGCAGGAGAUCAAUGAUCUGAGGAGGAGAGACGCUGAGAUGAAGCAGCUUUCACACACACAGGAUCAUGUUCAUUUCCUCCAGAGUUUGUCAUCUGUCUCUCUCUCUGGAUCUACAGACGGCUUCACUGUCAGUUCUCAUCUGUAUUUUGAUGAUAUAGUGAAAUCUGUCUCUCAGCUCAGAGAUGAACUGCAGCAGUUCUGCAGCGAGGAGACAGAAAAGAUAUCUGGAAGAGUGAAAACCAUCCAGGUCAUUCUGGCUCCUGAAUAUCAGACCAGAGAGGAGUUUCUACAGUAUUUCCGUCUGUUGACUCUGGAUGUGAACUCAGUACAUUAUCGGCACCAUCUGUUUGAGGAAAACACCGUGAUCACUUACGCUGACACACGUCUGCCAUAUCCUGAUCAUCCAGACAGAUUUGAUUAUUGGGGGCAGGCGAUGUGUAGACAAAGUUUGACUGGACGCUGUUACUGGGAGGUGGAGUGGAGUGGCAGAGGAGAGAGAUCAGGAGUGGAUAUAUCAGUGGCAUAUAAGAGCAUCAGGAGGAAGGGACGAGAUCCUGAGAUUGAUGCUGGAUGUAAUGAUCAAUCCUGGAGAUUGUACUGCACUCCCACUUUCUGCUCAUUCUGGCACAAUAACAUCGAGACUGAACUCCCUGUAGUGUCCAGCCGUAGAAUAGGAGUGUAUGUGGAUCACAGCGCAGGGAUUGUGUCCUUCUACAGCGUCUCAGACACAAUGAGCCUCAUCCACAGAGUCCAGACCACAUUCACUCAGCCGCUCUAUGCCAUGCUUGGACCAUAUUAUAACACAUUUGUGAAACUGUGUCAACUGACCAAUUAAAUCAGACAUGCUGUGAUUAUUUUGUCUUAUAACAUGAUUAAACAGUACUAGUAAGAAAUCAUGGGGCUUUUUUUCUCAUCCAAAAUUCCACCAGUGUAUGUGUAAUAAUCACAGAUAUAAUAAGAGUAAGAUUUAUCAUUAAAUUAGUAUAAUAAUGGCUGUAUAAGAGAUAAUGAAUGUUUAAAAAAUGUGUGGGAAUUUGUCAUUUUGUUGAAAUUUGUUUAAACUUUUGUUUGACUGCAAGAAGUAGCUUACAUAUCUCCCAAAACAAUUAUUUAUAAUAAAUAAAAUGCAUUGAUUACUCAUCA